UAUGUCCCCGCCGACCAUUCACCACGUCCUUUUCCACCACCAUUACCAUCUUCCACCUACCUUAUAUAUAAAACUCUAACUCUCUCUCUCCCUCUGUUUUUUUUUUUUUUUUCGUUCUUUAUUUUUCGCUUUUAUUAUUUCUUCUUUUUUAUUUUUACUUUUCUCAUUAUUAUUAUCGGUUUCUUCCGGUAUAUUUUUUUACCCAAUCGGAAGAUCCCCCCAUUUUUAUCUCUUCGUCUUUUCUAGGGUUUCCAAUUUUCUUUCUUUGUUUCUUUGAUUUUUUUUUUUUUUAAUUUAAAAAAUUUGAAAUUAUGAGGCCUGGCUUAGUUCAACAAUCUGUGGUUGAACCAAAUUGUGAAGGCGAUAAGGAGAAGAAGAAGAAGCGCCGAUCUAACCGCCGAUCCAAACAAUCCACUCCUCCUCCUCCUACUUCAGUAAAUGGACCAGAGUGUUUGGGAGAUGGUAGAACAUGUAAUCAUGUAACUGCAUCUCUGAGUAGUUCUUCAACAAAGCAGCAUGUAUUGGACAUGCGUCCUCCAAUGGAUCAUGGAUGGGACAUGCGUCCUCCAAAUGAGCACGCAUUGGACUUGUGUCCUCCAAUUGAGCAUGAAUUAACCCGAGCAUCAGACGUUGGUUUCUCUUCUAUGCCAACAAUGCGUAUCUGUGAACAAGUGAACCCCAUGGAGGAGCAAAACAUACCAAAUCAGCAUGUAUCUGAUUUUGGUCACAGAGUCAUGUCACAAUCUUGUCCUGAACCAGUUUUUUACAGAGGAUCACCUGGGACAUCUAAAAACAACUAUAUGUUUCCUUCCCCUCAUAUUGAGGGUUCUCAGAAAAAAUAUUUUGAUCCACACUGGUCCAUGGAGGCUGUUAAUGAGGCAUUAAAGAAAGGUGAAGCUUUUAAAGUUUUGUUUCGUGUCAAUGCCCACAAUAGACUUGAGGCUUAUUGCAAAAUUGAUGGGGUACCAACGGAUGUUCUCAUUAGUGGAAUUGCUGCCCAAAAUAGAGCUGUGGAAGGAGACAUUGUAGUGCUCAAGGUUGAUCCUUCGUCAUUAUGGACCAGGAUGAAAGGGUCAACCGGGAUAUCUAACAAUCCUGCACCAGUGGAAGAUUGUAACAUUCUCCUGGAAGAUGGUGAAAUUGCUAGUGAUAACUCUAAAGGUAAAAGUAAGGUAGAUGCAGAUUACGAGUGUGACCAUUACAGAAGUUGCCCCUACCCUGAGAAGGGGUCUUGUUAUGGGGAAGGUACUUUUGUGGGUGAAACUGUUCAUUUAGAACCGAGUGGACCUGCUAGUUGUAAUCUUGUUCACCCUGCUGCUUCAGAUUCUUUGCAUGUAGGUUCUUUUGAUGGGCAGAGUGAAGUUGUAAAAGCAGUGGGCAGGAUUUGUUCCUCAAUUAGCACAUUCCCUUCAAAACGACCUACUGGCAGAAUUGUUUCCAUAAUUAAGAGGUCUCCUCGACGAGAUGCUAUUGUUGGCUAUCUUAAUGUUAAGAAUUGGUUAUCUUACCAUGAACUCUGCAGAAAAGAGACAAAGAACAGAAGUUCAUUGACAUUGUCUGACAGUGAGUACAUCCACCUGACACCAACUGACCCCAAACUUCCCAAAAUGAUGGUCUUCGUGAAGGGCUUGCCAGACUGCAUCAAGAAAAGAUUGGAGAAGGGUGAUUCAACAGUUGAAAUGGAGCUGGUAGCUGCACGAAUUGAAGAAUGGGAUGAAGAAAGUUCUGUUCCACUAGCCCAUGUCUUGCAUAUUUUUGGACGGGGCAGUGAAGUAGAGGCACAGAUCAAUGCAAUUUUAUUUGAAAAUGCAAUCCGUUCAUCUGAAUUUUCUCCUGAAUUACUAUCUAGCAUUCCACAUAUUCCUUGGGAGGUGCCACGUGAGGAAGUUAAAAGUAGAAGAGAUCUUCGAAAUUUGUGCAUAUUUACUAUUGACCCUUCCACUGCCAUUGAACUGGAUGAUGCUCUCUCUAUUGAAAAAUUGUCCAAUGGCAAUUUCAGAGUAGGAGUCCACAUUGCGGAUGUGUCGUAUUUUAUUUUACCUGACACAGCCAUAGACAUAGAAGCACAGGUUCGAUCAACAAGUGUCUAUCUGUCACAAUACAAAUUACCAAUGUUGCCCCCAAUGUUUUCAGAGAAUCUGUGUUCUCUUAACCCUGGAGUAGAUAGACUUGCAUUUUCUAUUUUUAUGGACAUCAACUAUGCUGGGGAUGUUGUUGACCAUUGGAUUGGCCGCUCUGUGAUACAAUCUUGUUGCAAGCUUUCAUACAAACAGGCUCAGGACAUUAUUGAUGAAAUAAGUAAUGUGGAUGGUUCUAAUAUCACUGAAAAUGGGAAUCCCCAGUUGUAUGGCCAUUUCAAGUGGCCUGAUGUUGUUAGAUCUGUUAAAAGCCUUCAUGAAAUCUCCAAAAUUUUGAAGGAGAAGAGAUUUAGUGAUGGGGCUUUACGUCUGGAGAGCUCCAAAGUUGUUUAUCUAUUUGAUGAUCAUGGUAUUCCAUAUGAUAGCAUGCUUUGUGGACAGAAGGAGUCAAACUUUUUGGUUGAGGAGUUUAUGCUUUUGGCAAAUAGGACAGCUGCGGAAAUCAUAUCUAGAGCUUUUCCUGAUAGUGCAUUACUGCGGAGGCAUCCUGAACCAAAUAUGCGAAAGCUCAGAGAGUUUGAAGCAUUUUGUUGCAAACAUGGUUUGGAAUUGGACACUUCUUCUUCUGGUCGGUUUAAUCAAUCGCUGGAGCAAAUCAGGGAAAAGCUCAAGGAUGAUACUGUGCUGUUUGACAUUCUGAUCUCAUAUGCUUCGAGACCAAUGCAAGUGGCUACUUACUUUUGUAGUGGAGAUCAGAAAAACGGUGAAAAUGAUUGGGGUCAUUAUGCACUGGCUGUUCCUCACUACACUCAUUUUACUUCACCACUGCGUCGGUAUCCUGAUAUUAUAGUGCACCGGACACUGGCUGCAGCCAUAGAGGCUGAGGAGUUGUACUUGAAGUAUCGAGGAUCUUUGCCAAAAGUUAGCAGGGGAGAGAAAGUAGCAAGAAGAUGUUUCACUUGUAUUCAUUUUGAUAGAGAUGCUGCGGAAUCCCUGGAAGGUAAGAAAGCACUGUCAGCUGCAGCAGUAAAGCAUGGAGUUCCCUGCUCUGAAUCACUUGCAGAUGUUGCUGCUUAUUGCAAUGAAAGAAAGCAGGCUAGCGGGCAUGUGAAGGAUGCCUGUGACAAGCUCUACAUGUGGGUUCUGCUAAAGAAAAAAAAGAUUUUAUUUUCAGAAGCAAGAGUAUUGGGUCUUGGGCCAAGAUUCAUGUCCAUUUAUAUUCAAAAGCUAGCUAUUGAGCGUCGGAUAUAUUAUGAUGAAGUAGAAGGCUUGACUGUAGAAUGGCUGGAGACUACUUCCACAUUGGUGCUUAGUUUAGCUAACAAACGCUCUUCUAGGAGAGGUGGCCCUGGUAAAUGGAGGGCACUUGAAGACAUUGCAUUUGUUGUAAGUCCAUGUGAUGUGAAAAUUGAACGGUGGGUGUUUGGAGGGAGUUCUAGUGAACAGGUAGGUGAUACUGGUGUUGCUGCUCAGGCUUCAGAGCCCAUUUGCAAAUCUGUCAUUUCAAAUACUGAAGUUGAUCCUGGAGUUUUCCCCCUCACAGUGCAUCUCCUUUCAACCAUUCCUGUAGUACUUCAUGCAGUAGGUGGGGAUGAUGGUCCCCUUGAUAUUGGGGCAAGGCUUUACCUGAGCUCAUAUCUAAGGUAACUUGGGUGUUUGGUAGUGUCAAACUACUGCAACUGAAGGAGACUCUGGAGAUGAAGAUAACAGAGCUUUGUAUGGAAUGGGCAAGCUCUGUUGUAGAUAUGAAUUAGUGUAUAGUUCACAAGAGUUUUAGAAGAGUGAAAAAUUUGUGGUUCAAGUCUGGUGAUGCUCUAUGAAUCUAUGAUGCUAAAAUGGUGGCGUAGCUGUAGAUAAUGGUGGAGGUUUUCGUUGUGGCUUUAACUUAAGUGGUUUUUCUGUUUUUUUAACAGAUGCAGCUUGCUGGAAUAGGCCCUUGUUUUUGUAGGCCAGUUCCAUCCAAUAUUUUACUUAUUGAAAAUCUACCUUCAACUUGGGAUUUGAGCUUCGAAGCCAAAUUCAUGCUGUAUUUUUCCCCUUCUGACUGCAGCCCAAUAUAUUUUUUGAUUUUGGGUGGUCGGAUCUAGUAACUUCAAUUUGGUAUGUUAUUGCCUUUAUUGUAUUUUGAACUGUUAAAACUGGGUGACUGGCAGUAGCUCCCAGUCAGAAUAAUGUGUUGUCAUCUUUCCCUAGGUGAAAACUUGAACUGGAACUGUAAUCAUCUUUUGAAGUGCUGCUUGGCUUGUAUUUCAGCUCAAGCGUGCAGCAGCACAUAGAUCUCUUAUUAAUGGAUAUUUUUUGUUGGGUAUUAA